AUGCGACAGGUCCAGGCGGGCUGUUUCUUUGUGGCAGACACUGCGUCCAGUCCCGAUUCCGGCCUGACUGACUCUAUCCUUACGAAGGGCACCUGUGAGUGAGAGAGAGUGGAGUGAGUGCGGCGAAAUCAGCGCAAGUCUACUGUCCAAUAAGAACUAACCCACUUUCAAGCCACCAUCCCUGCGCUCUUCAAUCGCUGGUGCACACAGGGAGCAUCGUCGAUUCACUACGGUGGACUUGAGAAACAUUCCAAAUCCUAAAAUAUUAAAUUACUUCAGGGGGACGCUAGAUUUUUCUCUGUUCCUAUUUGACUGUUAAUUUAGCACUAACUUUGGUUUUAGAGAUCGUUUCACAUUGUCGAUAUUACUAAAUUGAAACAUCGCAAAAAACGACAGAAGAAAAUGUAUGAUCUCGUGAAAUGCGGGGCUCAUGAUUCGAAUUUUCAGGAUGAUGUUGAACGGAACAGGUGGAGUAAGUUAUACCCACUACCAAGGUCACGUACAAUUCUAACCCUUGCGGUCAUUAGCCUCCAGCUCCAACAAGGAGUGAUCAGAAUUAUCCUGUCAAGAACAGCACUGUGAACUAUCUGCUAAAGGCGGUUUUACCUAAAUGCGAGGUAGAUUAUCGGCGAUCUGGCUAGGCUUUUGUAUUCUUCGGCUGACAAACUGAACACUGUCUGGUCAGUUUUUGUGAACCGAAAGUGUCGGUAAGUUAUAUACAGUUAAAUCAUCCCAAGUGAAGACAGAGACAGGAAGUGAACAUAUAACUCCUCAGGGGUGUGCGUAAAGUGCACGAGCAAGUGAUCGAUAGAGCUUUACACCCUCAUCACCUUUGGCUGUAAAUAAUACAUGACACUCUUCGUAAUGUAUGACAGGCACUUUUCUAAUCAUUUUCAUAAACAGCUGUUGUCAUGUUACUUCAUUUGCAGAAACUCGGCUAUCCCGAUGGAUUCACUCAGAUAGUACGCCAGCUCAACGAUGGCGUGACGGCGCGCGUCACGGACAAUGGAGCUGUCUCAGGGGCUUUCGAAGUGACCAAUAGGGCGAAACAGGACUGCGUUCCCUCGCCUACCCUCCUCAGUCUCAUGUUCUCUGACAUGCUAAUGAACGCCUAUUGUGGCGAACGUCCCGAGAUCCGCGCCGUCCACAGGACGGGCAAUUAA